AUAAGGAAACGAAAAGAAACUUUGAUCGAUUCUCUUUCGUAGUGCUUGGACUUUAAAGUGCGGUAUUAUUUAUUGUUAUUUGCGUCGAAGCUUCCUAGUGUCUUUUAGCAUCGAAGGCCAAGCCUCUCGUUCAAGUCUCUUAAUCGCACGCGGUCAAGUAGCGAAACUGAUGGAAUAACUUCCGUCAAAGAUAAAAUUUGAGUUUACUCGAGAGACGUGAUCGAAAGAUAUACAUUACCAUCUCGCACACUUUGCUGGUCUAAUUACGUUACGUCUCAAUCGUGUUACAUCUCUCGCAAUCAGCAUCACUCAUCUCUCUCUCACUCUUUAUUGCGUAACAUGUGAUAUCGAGUGUUGCCUGCAGAGAUUACGUUGCUAACAAUAAGAUAAAAUGACAAGUUCGCGAGGGAUUAGUUUGGCUCUGUAAAGUUUCUAUUUUCGUGAUAACCGCGUUGCUUACUCGAGCAACAGUGGGAAUGUCGGCGAGCGGCCUCAAUUUUUACAACUUUGUAGAGCGGAAUGCAAAGCGAUCGUAUCAAAGAAAUAUUGUACAAGAGACGUUCCCCGAGCCGACUUUUCCCGUCUCACGCGCGCGAGGUGUAGGCAUAAAACAAACACUUGGUAAAGGGACCAAACUAGGGAGAAAGAGAUGUAUCGUUCCCUAACGGUCAUCUUCCUUCUAGGUUGAAAAACAUGUAAAUGAAAAGUGCUGAAAGACUUGGCACGUGGGAAUCAAGACCAACUCGCGAGCGAUCGCUUUGUUCCGUCGUAGCGUAAUAAUAUCGCGCGUGAAGAAGGGAAGGACGCGGAAUCUUGGCUAAUUCGAGAUCGGACGGACGAAUCUUGGGAUAAAAGGAAGCGCGGGGAACUCGCGGCACAGAGACGAACGGUGCGCGUGCAUAACACUGCACACGUAACGCGCGGACCGCCAUGAUACGCGAUUGUUGAGCGCGGUAUCAUGUGACUUGGAACCUUGCGAAAAAUGCCAAAAGACAUCGAUCUCUACCGUCAUCGACGACAAGUGCGUUUCAGAAAAUGACCUAUUUUCAUUGGAGCCUCUCGAGUAAUGGUCAUUGCGACGAUUCGAGAAGGAUGGUAACUAAAAAACCUACAUCUUCCGGUACGCUACUCCUUUACGGAAGACGACCGCUCGUCGCCCGUCAUGCGAAAUUGACCGAGCUCGAUCUCGGUCCUCGCGUGUUAUUUAGAACGCGAGCGAUACGUUACGAGAGCGUGAAGCAACCGCACGAGAAAAGGAACAACGGCUAAAUAACUAUACUCGAAGAGAAUUGGAACGCGGCACUUUGCACCGUUCUCGUACCCGUAACCCGUUACACUCGCUCGUCAUACGGCAUACAGCAUACAGCUCCGCAUAAUUAUGUAAUACGUAACACCGGUUGAGGACGGCGGCGUAGCAUCGUCGCGUCGUUCGUUUGGAUUCGUCAAGGCUCGCGCGCGUGAUCGUGCGUGAUCAUCCAUUCGCUGCUUCCGUGCUCGCGGUGCUCGCGGUGCUCGACGUGUUCGACGUCGCGCUCCACUGAAACCUUCGCCUGUACGUACGUAUAUUCGUGGGUGUUGGUGUACAUACGCGCGUGCUUAUAAUUCUCGCACGAGCGGUCGCAAAACCGCGCGACAUCGUUCCUCAGCCGUUCUCCAUCGUCGCGCGCGAGUCACGUAUGCGUCCAGCCGAUGCUUCGAUAUAUGGUCAAGUCGGGAGACGGGCAACGCGCGAAAUUCAACGUGUACGUCCGGUAAAUUUGCUCGGCGCCAUUUUCCGCAACUUGCCGUCACCGUGUCGAUAUUUAAUUCGAUCCGCGGGAAAUCGCAUCCACGUCGAUCGUCGCUCGUCUCGCCUUUUUUCCUCGCGUUACGCAUCGUCCAAUCCGUUCCAUACCUCCUACCAAUCGUCCUACCACUCGCAACUUUCACGAAACUUAGAAAACCUAGAAAAUUGUAACGAGCACAGAAUUUCGAGGAUUCGCUAUGGAUGUUGGCACUUGUUCGUUUAGAAAUAUUAUAAAUGAAAUUUGCCGAAUAUGGACUACAGGAAUGCUCAAAUGUCAUCGACUAUUCCAAUUCCUACGAUGACUCGUGAAACCGAAGAUGGAAUAGAACGUUAUUAUGCGUUGAAGAAAUUUGUGUAAUGUACAAGUUGGUGUAAAGAAAAUGGCACGUUUGUGCUACGCAAAAUAGAGGCUGCCAUAAAAGUGCCAUCGUUAUCAGACUAUUAUGCGGCUAUUUUCGUACGAAGAAUAAUUCAGAUAAUUCUUGGGCAACGAGGUCGCGCUAGCGUGUCGACGUAUAUGUAUACAGGAAUACUAAGGUCUCUAUCGACACCACUGUCGCUUCCUCCGACGGAUUAACGUCGAUCGAAGAGAAGAGAGGAGAGGAGAGGAGCAACUUGAACGUUCCGUCGACCAACGAGUGCUUUUUCCCAAGAAUCGUGUGGAAAAGACGUCGUCGUAGGGAAAGAGGGAGGGUUCUAUGAUUAACUAUAUAGAUGAGAGAUGAAUGAGAUGCGGCACGUUUUGACAGGUCUGAGAACUCCCGCAAAGAGUCCGACCUUGAACAGUGGCGGCAUCGCGAGUGUCGCAACAGCAACGUGGUACGAUGUCCCGACGCCGAUUAUCGUGCACUGUCGCGAGUUCCGCGAGGUGGAUCGCGAUGAAAUCGACGAGGCAACGAGCAACUGUAAAAGCUCCCGCGAGGAUGAGAUGAGAAUGAGGUUCGUAGAGAAUAACAUAACGUCCAAGUCCUUGGAGAGGGAUUCGAGAGUCUGGUCCUCGGAGACGUCGGGUCGACCCUCCCUGUCUGCCGACAGCGUUGGCGAGAUGUCAUCGCGGAGCAGCCAAGCGAAGGAGGCAGUCGUGAGCAAGAGACGCAGCACCACGAUGGAACUGAACGCCACCACGACGGUGGAGACGGACGCCGAUGGCGUGCCGACCAUCAGUUUCAGCUUUCUGCGUGCCGAUGACAAUUCUCGCACCACCAAGAUCACCGACGAGAACGACGACGAGAAGGACGAGAUCGUGAUUCUGGAGGUCGACACGAGCGAUCAAGCUGACUCGUCGGCAAAUCAAUUGUACGACCUUCCUAAGAGCGCCGUCCUCGAGAGUAACGGAGGCUCCUCCGAACGACCUGGUUGCGACAAGGAGAUACCGGCAGUUGGCCAGGAUCUUUACGACGUGCCGAAACCAAGGCGCAGGGACAAAGACGCGUCUUGGGACGAAUCGCGAGAGAAAGAGCCGCCGGUCCGCGAUCUCGAGCGGGAAAAGUAUCGAGUCGCGAGCACGAUCGCUUCGACCGAAAGGAGGAAGCAACAACGCGAUCGGACGAAACGUUCCACCAGAUCGCUCAGAUCUGGCAGAAGAAGCUACGGCGCGUCGGACAGCGACGGUUACGACGCCGGCAUAGCGUCGAUGUCGGGCUCGUACUCGGACCCAGAGUACCCGAACGGAGGCGAGGGCGAGGAGUUGUCGGAGAGUGGCGGCUCGGACCGCAGCAAGCGGCUCAGGCUGCAGAAACGACGACUGGGCAAGGCUUGGGGCAGGAUGCGUAGCUGGUUGCGAGAAGAGAGGACGAGGAUCGGCCAAGUGGUCAACAGGCACGCCAAGUUGCAAGCGGUCGGCGCGCUUAGUCCCGAGGUACGAAGCAAACGUGCCACACCCGUGCAAACGUCAAAGAGCAAGCAGCGUGGCUUCUACGAUCUGACGCGGGCCCACACCCGGGAGUCUGGCUCGAUCACCAGGGUGGAGGAGUUUGGUCUGUCGUCAGUAUCGGAGGAGGUAAACGUUUCCGAUGAUACGGAGAGGCCAAUGUCAGCAUCGCCCGAUUCGGGAAAGACGUCGGCAAACGGCGCGGAGAGAUUACGCGGCAAUUUGCGAAGAAAAACUGUCAGUUCGGACGACAUUUUGGAGAACAAUCGAAUGGAAUUGCAGCUGCGAGGAUCUUUAAGCGUGGAUAAGUUAUGUUCGCGCGUAACGGAGAACGAUGAGAAGCCGACGCCGACGCCGACGCCGACGCCGACGCCGACACCGACGCCGACACCGACGCCGACGCCGACGCCGACGCCGACGAUGACGCCGGUGGCGGGGAGCAGCGGUGAUGCCGAAGCGUCGAGGGAUCACGGUGGGAAAAGUGGUCUGAUUAAGAGGAGAAUGCUCGGGUCAAUCAGAGGGUUAAUGGCCUCGACUCAUCUGUUGCAGACCUACGAGUCCGACGAGGGAGGACAAGGUGGUUUCGAGGACGUGCGAAGAUACGUCAAACAAGGAGGCGAUUUUUGCAAGGAAUUGGCAUCGAUUCUUCACGAAAGAGCUGAACUGGAAGCUACGUACGCGAAAGGGCUGAGCAAAUUCAGUAGCAAGCUGACAAAGGCAUGUGCCAAGGACCAAGGUGGUAAUAGCAACGGAGGUGUAAACGAAGCAUGGAGGUGUGUCGGCGAAGAGAUGGAGGCUGCAGCGGAAGCCCACCGGCUAUGGGGCAUCGCGUUAAGCGAACAACUCGCCAAACCGCUCAGAGUGGGCGUCGCGGAGACGCAGGGCCGAUCGAGGAAGAGCAUCGAAAACUCAGUUGACAAGGCAUCGAAAUCGCUUCAGGAAUGGCGUGGGAUCAUGGCCAAGAGCAAAAAGCAGAGCUUUGCGUGUGCGCGCGAGAACGAGAGGCUGCAGGAUUUGGCGCGGCUACAGACAAUUGGUCAAAGCCAGCAGAGCAACAACAGGUCGUCGAGUCAUCACAUGACGGAAAAGGAAGCGAGCAAGCUGGAGGCUAGACGAAGAAAAGCCGAGGAUUCGUCGAGACGAGCUGACACCGAAUUCUACACGGUCAGCGUGAGAGCCGAGAGGGCCAGGCUCGAGUACGAGAGCGCGAUGAGGAAGGGUGCGAAGCAGAUGGAACUGCUCGAGGAGGAGCGACUGAGUGCCCUCAAGGACCUCGCCAACGUUUACUUGACGCACUUGCAGGCGCUGUCGCCGCGACUGCAGCAGAGUACCGAGCGCUUGCUAACACCCGUGCGCAGCUGCAACGUGUCGCAGGAUCUAGAGAUCCUCAAAAACCUCGUGCGCCGAAUGGACAAUCACGAUGUGACCAACGCGGAACAAUUGUUGCCCGAUUUCUACGCCGAGCACGUGACGCUGGCGAUGAAUCGCGAACGGCGGAAGCAGGCGUUGGUAAGGGUGCUGCAUCUGAUAAGGCAAGAUCUCGAGAGGGAAAGACGAGGUAGAGAAGGCCUGGAAACGUUACAUCGUGCCUUUGUCAAGACUCCGGCGUUUGCGGCGGACGAGAGCACGCAAAAUGUGACGGACAAGCUGCAACAUAUGCGCUCAAUGUUGCUGUACUUGGAGGCGGCUAGAUACAAAGUCGGUGGUACGCUCGCCGAAGUGGAGGGUAGCAAACGGACCAAGCAUCCCUUGUCGGAGCACAUCUUGGUCUCGAGAGACAAGCAGGGUUUGCAACAAAGUGUUCUCAAGAUUCCUUCUUGGGCAAAGAACGAAUCCUUUGAGAUUCAGGACAUCGAUGACGAGCUCGAGAUGCAUUUAACCAAGGAUCAAGACGCCGAGGCUCGCGAUUGGGCUGAUCGAACCGCCGGUGACGGCAAUUCGGAGAAUCCACCGGACGAGGAUGAUUUCAGUGACUUUGACGAGUUUAGCAGUCACUCGGAAGACAACAACAACCAGAUUGAUGGUACGGAAAUAGCGACGGCCAAGACUGAACGCACGGAGCAGUGCCGAGCGAUUUAUCAGUACUCUGCGAAUCUAAACGACGAGCUCAGUCUCAGUCCGGGAGACCUGAUAACCGUUCAUCAAAAACAGCCAGACGGCUGGUGGAUAGGCGAGUGCAGAGGCCGUACCGGCAUAUUCCCUGCCACUUACGUCCAAGUCAUUCAUUAGUAAGCGCAGAUUUAUUGUCCAUGUUAUUAUCGAUAUGUUUGGACUAGGUAUUGGAAAGAAUUCCACGUGACGUUACGUGACGAGACGAGACGUAUAAUGAAACGAUAGUGUCCUCUUACGGAAGCUCCUUCCAUCUGGUUUCGUUAAAUCAAGUAAGAGUGUUAUUACGUGCCAAUAGCGUUACACGCAACCAUUACUUUAUACUUUAUACGCACAAAUCGAAGAUAUUUCAACCGCAAACUCGCUCGAGCUCGCAUAAAACUGAAUUGAGAAUUAAUACCAAAUAGUAGUUACCACACCGAUACGUUUGGUGCCGACAAGCUCUGGCGGAAUAAAUAUUUUUAUCAUCUUGUUAUACUAUUUGCGUUUAUACGUUUGUUUCAUUCUUACUACUGUACAAUUAAUAUUUCUUUUAUGUGUACUAUUCUGGAAAAAUCGACUCGAGCUACGACUCUGAUUGUGAGUUAGUAUUAACAAUGCAUUUUUACUCAUCGUGCGUAUUUCUAUUCUUGUCAAGAUAUGCAAUACAUUAUGUUUGAAAACUUGAUUGCGUCAUCCGUUUUACUGACGUUAACAAUUCCUUAGCGUGACAUCUAUGAAAUUUUUAUCCAUGAAACAAAUUGUAUCAACAUUUUAUUUACAUUGAUAAAUUAUGUUGAUACUGGUGUACCUUUUAUUUUCUCUCUACUAUUUCAUUAUUUCAACUAGACAGUUUUAUUCUUAGAGUUUCCGUUUUGAGAAUGUUAUUUUUCAAGCAUGCUGUAUACAUAUCUCAUUUUUAACGCCAAAAUUAUUUCAUUGCACGUGUAUAACGUUUUCCUUAUAAUUUAUUGAGAGAACAUUGAAUACAGCAGACUCUCUCGAACUACAUGUGCGACUCUGUAAAACGUACAAGUCAAAUUUCAUGAGAGAGAAGUCAAUAUUCUAUCAAUAUUGUAUAUAUAGUAACAAAAAAAUCGUUAAUAAAUUCGGAAAAUGUUGGCAACAAUUUCGAAUACAAAUUUUUAAAACAUUUGCCGAAUAUAUAGCUGAAGUCACCAAAGUCAAUGAAAAGAGAUGAUAUAAAAUAUCUAAUAACAAAACCAUCUAAUAUUUUUUAAUUUAAGAAAUUUCGUGUAAUCCGUUUACACAAAUUAGACAUACAAUUUUAUAUAAUUUUAUAUCAACAAUUUUCGCGACAAAGUACAUCAUUUUGCACAUUA